UUCAAAACAGAAUAAUCAUAGAAAUGGGAAGUAAUAUUCCGAUGACGUUUCAGAGGUUAGCGGCGGCGUUUGAGAUCGACGAGGUGGCGCGUGUGAGGCUAUGCCAAAGAAGUGGAAGCGAGCACUCGGCUAAAGAUUCGACUGAUUUGUCACAUCUUGUGAAAUCGUUCCUGGAGAAGAAUUCUGUGAAAGAAGAUUCGGUUGUUCACGAUAAUGAUGAUGGCGAAUUUGAGUGUUAUUAUUAUUCGGAGAAAAAGGAGAUACUGCAAGAGAUUUUUGGUGAUGUUGAUGAUGAUUAUGUGAAAGAAAAGAUUAGAAGAGAGGUUGAAGUUGCAAUUGAGCUUGUGGCCGGAGAUGAAUCUUCGCCGGGAUUCAAACGUCAGGUCAUGUCACGUUUGCGGGAGAGAGGUUUUGAUGCUGGUCUUUGCAAAACAAGGUGGGAAAGAGAUAGAAAAUUUCCAUCCGGUGACUAUGAAUACAUUGAUGUGAAUUACGGUGGAAAUCGAUACAUCAUUGAAAUAUCUCUGAUGGCUGAAUUUGAAAUAGCUCGUCCUAUAGAUCAAUAUGCUUCUUUACUUGAUGUAUUCCCUUAUGUAUUUGUUGGUAAAGUGGAAGAGCUGAAAAAGGUAGUGAGGUUGAUGUGCACUGCUAUUAAGGACUCAAUGAAGAUUAUGGGAAUGCAUACACCUCCAUGGAGAAGAAAUAGUUACAUGCAAGCUAAGUGGUUUAACUCUUAUAAGAGAACAACUAAUGAAGUUGCAGCAAGAAAAUCUAUUGGAUUUGAAGCAUACAAUUGCAGGGACAAUUUUGGGGGUAAAAUUACUUUCAAAGUUGGCUAUUUGACUGCAUCAUUUAAUGUAGAUGGUAUUGGGAUGAAAUUAUAGUCAUAUUGAAGAAGAGUGUACAAAAAAUGAUUUUUCAUUUUUUUUUUCCCCUUAGCACAGGGCACAGAAGUGCUUCAGCACAUUUUGCAUAGUGAGCUGUGUAAUGGGAUGAUUUUGCCUAUGAAAAUUACUACUAGCUUUGUUCCAUAUUAAAAGAUCAA